GCAAGCCUAGGUUGGCUGGAUAAAUUUCUCAGACGUCAUAAUUUAUCCAAUCGAAGGCCCACUACCGCGUGUCAAAAACCCCCUAUCCAAUAUGAGAAAACAAUUGUUCAAUUUUUAAUGUAUGUACGACAACUCCGUUUGAAUAAACAUUUUGGUAACAGAAUUUAUGGCUGUGAUGAGACAUCUGUUUGGUUGGACACUGGUGGGAAUUCGGUUGAAAAGCGAGGUGCUAAGGAGGUUUCGGUUUUAUCUACUGGCCACGAAAAAAUGAGGCUUACAGUUUUGUUGACAGCUAGAGCUGAUGGUUACAAAUGCAAACCAUUCGUUCUUUUACCUCGCAAACGUCCUGUUGUUGUUGUCACAGAGAAAUUCAAAAACAAAUUGAUUCUUUGUUGGUCAGGUAGAACUUGGAUGGAUGAUUCACUUACUGAAUUAUAUUUGAAUAAAGUUUUUGGAAAUUUUCUUUUUGGAAAUAGACUUCUUGUUUGGGAUUCAUUCAGGUUUUUCUCAUUUAGAAUAAUGAUGGCUGAUGUUUGUUGGAAUGCGCCAUUUAAAGCAAAAAUCAGACAGUCGUAUGAGGAUUGGAUGCUUCACGGAGAAAAAGAGACAACGUCAAAAGGGAAUGUAAAGGCACCACCAAUGCUAGUAUAUUUGAACUGGAUUGCAGAAGCGUGGGAUGAUUUGUCAGAAGAGAUGAUAGCAAAUUCUUUUAAAAUUUGUGGAAUUUCGAACAAUGUUGAUGGUUCAGAAGACGAUAAAAUACAUGUUUUUAAGCCGACCGGUCCCAUUCCAUCCGGAGCUGAACUGAUGAGGAAGGAAAGAGAAGAAAAUGAAUUUAAUGUGUUAACUGAAUUAUUUGAAGAGGUUGAUUUAAUGCAGGAUGAGGAAAAUGGAAUUUUGAGUGAUAAUUCUUUGGAAUUGUAA